UAAAUUUCAAAAAUAAAAAUGUCAAAUUUACCGCGUUAAAUCCUCCAACAGAGGGCACAUGUUUUCAACCAGAGUAGUACACGGUCGCCAUAUUUAAAAUCGCAGCUGAUCACAACUGAUUGAUCUCCAAAAAAAAGAAGCAAUCAUGUUGACCCCAAAAGCAAUCACAGUUUCGACAAUUGUCCGAAGAAACAUUGGAAUGAUGGCACCGUGCAUGAACAAAGUUUCUGACCCAAUCCAGCAAUUAUUCUUGGACAAAAUCCGUGAAUACAAAUCAAAAAGCUCAGGUGGAAAAUUAGUCGACCCAACUCCAGAAAUCCAGAAAGAAUUAAAAAGCGAUUUGGAGCGACUCGCAACUCAAUACGGAGGUGGUCCAGGAGUUGAUAUGACUCAAUUCCCUAAAUUUAAAUUCGAAGAUCCCAACGUCGAGUACAACAUCACCCAAAAAAACUAAUUUGUUGAAGUUUUCCACUAGUGAAACUCAAAAUAAUGUAUCUAUAAAUAAAUAAAGCUAGAAAAGAAUAACAAUAAAAUUUGUUACACAUAAAAGAACAUUUCAUUACUCUAAAUGUUCAUUCUUUAGCCACAAUUAUUAAUUAAAAUAAUUAAAACGUGGAGUGGUACAAGAUAGUCAGAUAAAACAGCGACCUAGUAUAACAACAUAAAUUUAAUAAAGUAAUUACUAAUGUGAUAUAAACUACAAA